CACUCAAAUCGUUUCCAUAUAAUGACGUGGCAAAUACAAGGCGAUCUUGUUCGUAUUAUGGAAUCGCCACUCACGGUGCGAAUUACUGAAAGUUAAAACGCAUCCGCUUCCAUAAUCUAGUUCAGUGACUGUGUGACCAUCGGUCAAUUCGUGUCGAACUCCCUUUUGUAGAGCAACUCAGACGUUCCGUUAUAACUAGUUUCGAUAACAGUCGUGCAUGCGCCAUCAAAGUAUUCUAUCUCGUUGUCCGUCUUUUACCAUUUCUUUAUUACUGUGCACUUCUCUAUUAUUGUGCACUUAUCUGCUAUAUUCUGUUUACAUUUUGCGACAUUACUUAUACGGAGUAUUUUGAAACUAUCAUGAUUUAUUCACUGAAUUCUUUUAAUCUAAAGAUGACUCGUUAGCGAAAAUAUUUAAUCAACAGAUAUCGGUUGGUAAAAUCAGUUUUAUAAUUUUAACGAGUGAUAAUAAUUUUGAGACACCGUGUAGAUAUGGAGCAAAUGUUUUAAAUAUAAGCUCCAACAUCAUGAUAUCAGUUUUAUAAACUGGAAUUGCAUUAUAACCAUGUUGAUAAGAUGUGAGAGGGUAUAAAAAAAUUUUGUACUUUGCGGUAACACUUCAUUUUGCAAGAUCUAAUAAAGAAUAUUGUCAGUUUUUACAGAGAUUAUUGGAUUUGGAUAAGAACUUUAUCUCGCAUUCAGCAAACAAACAUAUUUAAAGAGCUAACAUUAAAAGUAAAAAUAUUGGAUAUUGCUUAAGCGUUGAAAGCGACAUUGAAAACAAACUGAUGUUUGUUAUAUAUCUUAUCUAAGGAAUACGAAAGACAUGUUCACAGAAAUAUCUGUCUUUUGUAUAAAAUAUCGCUUUUACAUCGCCGUUUGAAAAAAAAAACUUUUUUCUUCCGCGUAGCAACAUUGUAACCUUAAUAUAUGCAUGCAUCUGUUAUCGUUGACGUAACGUAUUUACGAGAGGAAUUGUAUGUAAGAUCGUAAAGCAUCGGACUAAAGACCGCGAAUCAGUGUAGUACGCUCUUCUCUUUCUCUCUCUCUCUUUCUCUCCCUCUCUCUCUCUCUCUCUCUCUUGCUGUUUAUAAUCUCGCGUCGAUAGGAAUCCAACUCCGCGUCGGCACACAAGUUUAAAAAAGAUAUUCGUGGAGAAGGAAUCUGGGUAUCAUCGUGUAUGGGUGCCGUCUCUUCGUCAGUGAUACACUUUGAUAGUCGUCAUCGAGCUGUUGAAUGCGCGAGCGAACGAGUGAAAUCGCGUGAAAUUCUGAACUGGUGAUCGUGUCGAUACGAAAACAAACGACACGAAAACAGUGACAUUGGUAACGAUUUGAAACGUGAUGAUCAUCGAUGUUGUCGACUCAUUAACCAAGGUCCUAUUGAAUAUUCCAAACGAUGGAGAUACGCGUACGGUAUUUGUUCGCUAUAAUGCUAUGCAUUGCGAACAUGAUCAUUUACGGUCUGAAAGUAAAUAUCGCGACGGCUAUCAUCGGCAUGGUGAAAAAAAAACCUGGCGUACCAGAUUGGUCGGAUGAGUGUCCAGAAUUUGAAGUUCCCGGAGAAACCGUCACCGAUAUUGAUGGUCCAUUCGAUUGGACGCCAAGUGAGCAAGGUCUGGUCGUUAGCAUAUAUUUUGCUGGAUAUCUCGUCGGUAUGUUUCCGUCGGGAUACUUGGCGGAUCGAUUCAACACCAAGUUUGUAUUGCUAUUCUGCGUGCUGGCAAACGGGGUUUUAACGAUAUUGGUACCGAUUACCGCGAGCAAACUGUACCUACUAUACGCUGUGAGAUUUUUAACCGGUCUCGUAAGCGCGGCGAAUCUUCCUAUAGUGAACGUUCUUCUGGGAACAUGGGUUGUGUACGAAGAGAAGAGCACGUGGGUCGGUAUCAUAUAUGCCGGCACGUCGCUCGGCACCGUGAUAUCUAUUCUUACCUCGGGAAUGAUAUUAAAUUUCGUGGGCUGGGAGGCUAUCUUUUAUAUCCACGGAAUAUUACCAUUGAUUUGGUGUGUCGUUUUUUAUAUAUUUUUCGCCGGUUGUCCUGAAGAGCAAAAGUACAUAACAGAGCAGGAGAGAUCAUUAAUAGUGGGUUCGUACGGUCAUCGUACGCCCGGUUCCAUGAAAAUGAAAGUCCCUUGGAAAAGUAUAUUCACGUCAGUGCCAUUUUUGGCACUAAUCGCCACCAAUUGUCUAGGCAAUUUUUGCUGGUAUUUCUUGCUCACCCAGUUGCCGCUUUACAUGAAUAAGAUUUUGAGAUAUGAUAUCGCAUAUGUUUCUGUUCUAGGCACCGUUCCGGCUAGCAUUUUUCUAGUUAUAAUCGCGUACAUUGGCUGCGAUCGCCUGACAUCGACCGUGCUGCUAACAUUGAGCAUAGUAGUCUGCGGUGCUAUAUUCGUCGGUCACCUCUGUAAUCAGAACGACCUGGCCCCGAAUUAUGCAGGAAUUCUCAUGGGUAUUACAAAUACCCCGGGCACCAUCUCUGCCUUUAUCCUACCGCCGAUAGUCGGUGCCCUCGUAUCGGAAGGACAUACUAUAGCGCGUUGGAGAGUCGCAUUCUGGAUUACCAUUGUCGCCCAGGUUUCGGCUUUCGUGAUAUUUGCGAUUUUCGGAUCAGCCAAAAUCCAACCGUGGAAUUACCCGCUACAGGAUGUUGAAAAUUGGGAGGCCGACGAAGUGCAACCGCAACAGCAGCAACAACAAGAAACGAAGACUUAAGUUAAGACUACUUUCGCACACAUAUGUAGUCUCCUUAUUAAAUAAUCCAGAAACAUUAUUUUUACAAAAGAAUCUAUUUUGUCUAAACAAAAAACUUUUGCAAGUUAGACAAAUUAUGCUAGUAUGUUGACAUAAUUUGUUAUAAAAGAAUCACAUAUGUUAAGAUCUUCGCGUGAUUUCGAUACAUGACGACUCAUAUAUUUACAUAUAUAAAUCUUUUUAUAUCUAGAUAUAACAUUGCCAAUCAUUUUUGAUAAUUCUGUUGAGAUUAAUCAGCGGAUCUAUAACUCAAUAUAACUUUACCAGCGUUUAUAUAUUAUAUAAAAAUGCCUUUAAUAUAUUAUCUACAUAUUGGUAAUAUUUUGUACAAUAUAUAUUUUUUUUCAUUAAGUAGCUCUGUUGAAAAUACAUAAUCUUUACAAGAUGUUAUCAAUGUCAAAGUUUUAGCUGCCUUAUGCGGGUAACAUUUUUACUAGAUCUUAUAUUGUCCUCGCAAAAAAUUUCAUAUAUAACUGCAUUUGUUAUUUGUACGAUUAUUUUCAUCAAUCUAAAUAUUUAAAUUAA